UUUAUUUUUGGGGGAGCAGAAGAGACUUGUUUCAAAAACAUAAAACAGCAAUUAUUUGUGCAAACACACACACGUUUUAAUAUUACAUAUUUUCAUGUAAAAUACAUUUUCCGAACCAUAUACACACAUUCAAGUGAACUGGGGUUUUUAAAAAUCUUUAAAAAAAAAAAAGUAUUUGCCUGCAUGGAGGUGUGGUUUUUCAGUGAGAACCACAACACUGGGGGAAAAAAAGCGCUUUCUUUAAUAAAAGCCACUUGAAUCUCUUUAUAUUUGACAUUCGUGACCCCGGACCUCAAAAAACCAGCCGUGAAGGUCAAUUUUUUUAAAAAUGGAGAUUUAUACCACCCAUGAAAGCUGAAUAAUGCAUGAUGUGCGGUUUGUUAUGAUCAUAAAAAUAGCAUAAAUACAUAUAACACUAUACUAAUUCAUAACAAGUGCAGGAAAGUACUUGAUUAAUUUGUUGUGCUAAUUCUAUAGUUGCCGAGGUAAUAAAACAACUAGAGUAAUACAAAUUAACCAAGUAUAUUAUACUGUAACACGCUAGUUUGCUGUAAUACAGACUGAAGUACGCUACAGUAUUUAUUGCAGAUAAUACUACAGCAUGCUCAUAACAUACACAGUAUAACUACGGUACGUUCAAAAACACUACACGGUCAUUUACUUCAGUAGAUCCUGAAUCCGAAGGCGCGAAGUUCUUAAGCAACGCAUUAUAAUAAUAAUAAUAAUCAGAAAUUAAGUUUUGUUAAAGCCCAUUUAGGCCAGAGAUACCUUAACUUGACGUCUUACGCAUUUGGGUAUAAUCGCAGCAACAAACGAGGACGCUUUCGAGCUCAAGUUCGCGUCGCUUAAGGGUCUAGUUAUUGUUUUGUCGGAAUCACACGUGACUCGCUCCCUCGCGAGAAACUUUACACGUGUUCGUGUUCUAAACAUCGAGCGUCACGCGUCGAAAGUCGCUCGCUCGAGCGAGCGGGAGAGGGGGGGAGAAAAAGGUGCCACCGAAGAUGUCAUAUUUGUUGUGUCAAACAGCAUUUCCUCCUUCGUGUUUGUUCGUGGCUCCCCCCAUCGGAUUCACUGUAAAAUGGUCGAUUAUUUUCGCGAACCGCCCCGUUCACUCAUUCGAGGAGAGCAGCCGCCGACUUUCUUCUUCACGCUCGCUUCUUGAUGGACAUUUUCAAACUUGACAGAUGGAGAGUGAGAUGAAGAGGAGGAAAUACUCCACCAGCAGCAACGACUCUGACACCACCGACAGUCAUGUGACCACCUGGUCACGGUCUUCAAAAACCACAGGGACCAGCAGCACGUGGGUACGCCAUGAGCAGAAGAAACCGUCUGAGGUGUUUCGGACCGAUUUUAUUACAGCCAUGAAGUUGCCUGAUUCAGCACAACUGAGCCCAGAGGAGUUUUAUUUCCUGUCCGACCCCUGGAGGCAGGAAUGGGAGAAGGGUGUUCAGGUGCCAGCCAAUGUGGAAGCCAUUCCCGAGCCUGUAGUCAGGAUGCUUCCGGAGGUCAAUCGAAUCCCAUUCUUUUCACCGAUCCAAACCAGGGGUCAGUCAGAGUUUGGCUUUGGAGAGUCACAUGGUCUCACCGAGCCACUGAGUUCUUACAAUCUGGACGAUCUGGACGUGACCUGGCUUGAACUGGUUAAUGCUGAAUUCAGGCAACUGGCACUUCCAGAGCUGGACGAGCUGACCAUGGAGCAGGUGGUGGUGGAGCUGGAGAGCAGGUGUCAGCAGAACAUGCAGCAGGCCAUCGAGACCGAGGAGGGUCUGGGCAUCGAAUACGACGAGGACGUGGUUUGUGACGUGUGCCGCUCACCCGAGGGCGAGGACGGCAACGAGAUGGUUUUCUGCGACAAGUGCAACGUUUGCGUGCAUCAGGCGUGUUACGGGAUCCUGAAGGUGCCGCAGGGGAACUGGUUGUGCCGAACCUGUGCCCUCGGAGUGCAGCCCAAAUGUCUGCUUUGUCCCCGGAGAGGAGGAGCUCUGAAACCCACGCGCAGUGGAACCAAGUGGGUCCACGUCAGCUGUGCCUUAUGGAUCCCCGAGGUGAGCAUCGGCUGCCCUGAGAAGAUGGAGCCCAUCACUAAAGUAUCCCACAUCCCGGCCAGUCGCUGGGCCUUGUCCUGCGGCCUGUGUCGUGAACACACGGGCACAUGCAUACAGUGCUCCAUGCCGUCCUGCAUCGUGGCCUUCCACGUGACCUGUGCGUUCGACCACGGCCUGGAGAUGUGCACCACUCUGGCGGAGAACGACGAGGUGCGCUUCAAAUCGUACUGUCUGGAGCACAGCAGCGUCUCGCGCUCGAGCGGCGGCGGCGGUGCGGACAGAGCCGAAGCGCGGCACGCCGCUCCCGAUCCGCCGGGGACCCACUUGGACCGUUCGAAGCAGGAUCAGGCGGAACAGGAGAAAGCCAGCCAGCGCAAGCAGAAGCUGCAGGAGCUUGAAGAUGAGUUCUACAGAUUCGUGGACCCCAAGGAAGUCGCGGAAAGCCUUUCUCUGCCAGACGCUCACGUGGACUUCCUCUAUCAGUACUGGAAGCUGCGACGAAAGGCCAACUUCAACCAGCCGCUGGUGGCCCUCAAAAGGGACGAGGUGGACAAUCUUGCCCAGCAGGAGCAGGACGUCUUGUAUCGCCGUCUGAAGCUCUUCACUCAUUUGCGUCAAGAUCUCGAGAGGGUCAGAAACCUGUGCUACAUGGUCACACGCAGAGAGAAGAUCAAACACUCUUUAUGCAACCUGCAGGAGAAGAUCUUUAGCUUGCAGAUUCAGCUCUUAGAGAAGAACCUGGUUGGAGAAAAAACUCGGAGAGGGGAGAAGAUUCAUCGCAAUGGAGUCAGGGAACGAAUGAAAGAAAGAAGGAAGAGUAGUCCAGAAAAGAAAGACAAGUGGAGAUCAGAUGAGCACUCUGUGUUCACACAGCUGGGUUUCUCCAAAUCCUUCCCGCUGGACGGCUCUCUGUUCGACAGCUGGCUGGCUCAGUCCGUUCACAUCACGGCAGAUAACAUGCUGAGCCAGUGGUCUCUGUCCAGAGAGACGCGCGACCCGUCGGUGAGCCUCCUGUCGGACCAGCUCCUGCAGGGCGAGGAGAGCCUGCUCAGCCUCAUGAUGGACCACUCCAUCAAGUCCACCUGGAAGACGCCUCAGCUGGGCCGCAAGCCGAGGGGAGCGCCGCGGAGCCGCAGGAAAUCCGUCUCGCUCCCGAGAAUCAGCUCCGCCGUCAAGGGCAAGGCCUGGCCCAAGCGAGGAGAGAGGGCGCGCCACGUUCACCAUCAUCACACCCGCAGCAGCGACGGCAGACCGGACCCUCUGCAGCCCGCCAUUUCCAAGAUGGACUCGUGCCACAUCUCGGAAGAGCGCGGAUUCGCGGCGGAUACGGAGAGCGGCAAGCGCUCGCAAAUGGCCCUGCGCCUGCGUCUAGCGAGACAGGGCAAGUCUCGCUCUAAGAGCGACUCGACGGAGACCUCGCUUCCCAACAGCACUGGGAACAACACCUCCACACCCGACACUGAAACGGACGGCUAUUUCUCUGACGCCGAGCAGAGUGACAGUGAAUUGCGCUCCUUCAGCCGGAAGCUGCGCUUGCCCCAACUGCAUGCUGGGAAGGAGGAGGUGGUGCGGCGAAGCGUGCUCGCCUCCUAAAAGCAUUUUGGGAUGCCCGUCUUUCUCCCGUUUCUAGACCUACAGAUGUAAUGGGGUGCGUUCUGUUCUCGCUUCAUGUGUCAGAGUGCACUACCAGACAAAUGUUUCUGAAAGACGUUCAUCAGGCCUGCAUUUAUUUGAUUCAAAGCAAAACAGUAAAAACCAGUAAAAAUGUCAAAGAUUUUUUUACUUAUUAAAAUAACUUUUCUAUUUGAGUACGUUUUAUAAUGUCAUUUAUUCUUGUGAUUUCAAAGCAUCAUUACUCCAGUCAAUUAUUCUAAUAUUCGGAUUUGCAGCUGGAAAAAAAUUAUUAUUAUUAUUUUAGAAAUGUUUUAUUUUAUGGUGAAAACGGCUGAGUUUAAUUCGUUCUGGUUUCUUUGAGGAAUAGAAAGUUCAUGAGAACAGCAUUUUAUCUAAAAUAGAAAUCUUUUGUAAAAUUAUAAAUGUCUUUAUCAUCAAUUUUUUAAAAUUUAACGCAUCCUUGCUAAAUAAAAGUAUUACGCAAAACACAAAAAAACUCUGAUAAAUGCUGAUCUUUUGGAUUUCUUGAAAACAGUUUACUUUCUAAUAUUAAAUAUCCAGAAAUAUUUCUAAUCUGAGUCUUAGAACGCUUUCUGAAGGUUCAUGUGACGCUGAAGACUUGAGUAAUGAUGCUGAAAAUUCAGCUUUGAUCACUGUUUAAAAAAAUAUUUGUGUAGAAAGCGGUUAUUUUAAAGAGUUAGAAAUAUUCACAAUAGUACUGCUGUAUUUUGUAUCAAAUCAAUGCGGGCCUGGUGAGCAGAAGAGAAAUCUUUUAAAAUCUUGCUGUUCAAAAACUUUUAACUGGUAGUGUAUAUUAGUCUGUCGCCUACAUUUAUGCAACUGUAACCAUUUGUGCUUGAAACAGCAAGAAACGAAAAAGUCUACAUGAACACUGUUGAAUGCGUCCUCUGGAAAGCAAUAGGAUCUGUCCUGCAACGGGGACGAUGACGUGGGCAUUAUGACGUCUGUUCAGGUUGUGUUCGCUUUAUAUGAAUACGUCUGUCGUGUGUCUCCAGAGGAUGCGGCUGCUUUUAAAACGAUGUACAGAGAAAAUAUGACAAAAAUAAGCACAACUAGCCGUCGGGGAAUGUAGCACACAUGUACCUGUCGCAUCCACCGCCUCAUUCGCUUUUACAGAGACUACCGGAAUCACACAGACGUCCACGCAGUGGACAGACCCGCUCCUGUCACGGGUGAAUCUCACGAACACCGAGCCUGCUGUAGGAGGCGUGCGACAAGCACAUUUUUCACGUUCGGUCAGUCAAUCUUGAGUGGUCCGAAGUCGUAAAGUCGGUCGCUUCUAGUUUUCCGAGUGGUUACCUCGGUCUUAUUGGCAUCGCAAAACGCCGGUUUUGUACUUAACCACGAUGGGCAUCUUUGUGUCAUGGCGCACAACACAUUUUGGGUCGCUUCUGGAAGCCUCAGUAACUGUUUUUUUUCCUUUUUACAUUCAUAGCAGCAUGCUGAGUAAAAUAGUACCCAAUUUUCUGAUAUUUGCCAUUCUGGGCGUCUUGCCAUUUUCAUUUUAUUAAAAUGAAUGGCUAUAUUUUAAGAAUGCUUUGACGUAUCGUUAUCAAAAUUGGUGUGUGUCUUCAGCACCAUGCCCCGAAGGUCCUCAAGACGUUUCGGGGCAGUACCCGCCUUUCAGCCACGAAAUUAUUGCCCCUCAUUCUGCCUCUUUUGUGCUUGGCCCCUUAAUUGCUGCUUGCAGCUAUAUUUACAUUUGGACUUAAAUAUUAAGUCUAAGGAAUGUUCGCGAAUCUCGAAAUGUGCGUUCGAGAAAUGUUUUUGUUUCAAGGAGCUUCAGCAACAGCUUACGGUGAUUUUCUGAGCCAGGAUACUGAGGUUUCCAUAAACGUCUGUAUGACUCCAGAUUUGUGCGGCAUUAUUAAAAACGACGAGCACUGUGGUUAAAGAAGGGUGAAAAAUGGUGGUUUUGCGAUAACAAUAAAUGGAGAUGAUCAUUAUCAGAAAAAGUUAAAAUGGUCAAUUAACUCCAUUGGACCACUUGGGAUGUUUUUAGUUGCAACUAAUUAUAAUGUGUAGAAUUUUGGGGAUUUUUGUGAGAUUCACUCUGAUAUCUGGCAUUUUCCUUUCCACUCGUUUCGGUUCAUUUUUUCAGAAAGAACCGUUGUUGUUCUCCAUUUAAAGCGUGCCUUCUGUAGCCCCCCCCAAAAUCAAACGAAUAAUCAGCAUGAUUUAACCGUUUUAAUACAACAAUGGCAAUCAGAAACGAAACCUGCUUGGUCCGAAAGCUUGUAUGUAAAUGUCGAGGUUGUAGAGAUUCUAGGUGCCUAGAAAACAGCAUUGACCCAACAAUGCUAAAAUCAUCAAACCUGCUUUAGCAAAGUGCUGUUCAUCUACAACUUCCGUCAGUCGAAUUGGAUUCGCACUUACAAAGUGUCCUCAGGCUUUGCUAAUGUUUUCCCUCUGAUUGUGACGUCUAACGAAUCAACCCAUGGUGUUUAUCUCAGGGUUAUAGAGAAGAAGUGAUUGCAAUCAUCUGAGAAGCUUAAACCUGUACAUUCACGAACGACAAGUGUUUCUUUGCCAAAACAUCACGUUUUGAGACCAUCGUCUCGCAGUGUAUUGAUGAAGCACUUAGUUUCUUUUCUUUUAUUUUGUAUGAUGAUGCCAAAGAAAAGCAAGUCAGCAUAUGCUCCGAAGUGGAUGUAAACUUUGUGUCUGGAUCUUCUAAAGAUCUCAGCCUGCACUGAUGUCCACCCGUACACUCCUGGACUGCAUCAUCAAUCGAGCAUCGUCCUCAUCUGCGAUCACACACACACGUGAGCUCCAGCGAUGCUCUGUCCAGAAACGUUUCCUCUACGAGACAAAAGCAUCUGAUAUGUAGCGUACGUGAUGCGUGUCAGUGAGCGAAGGGUUAAGUUCACCCAACCCCAGUUCAAUAUUCAGUCUUGUGUCGUUCCAACCCUGAUUCGCACCGAAAGGGUCCAAAACGGACAAAAACGUAGUCCGCGCGCUACAUUCCGAGUCUUCUGGUGUCUUAAGAUGCUCCGCCCAAAUUAAAGCAUCUAUUUAGCGAAAACCUUCCCCAGUCACACCAGUUAUAAGUUUGCGAAUAGCAUCGUAACCAAAGGACUUUUCAUCAGAAGACUAAAAUACACGGCACACAAAUCGCUGUCAUCUUGCGUUGCGCCGAAGAGUCGCUGGGGUUUGGAACGAUGCCGCGGUGGAUGAACGAGGGCUGAAUUGCUUCACUCCUUCACUGGCUCAAACCGCGACGGCCGUCUGCUGUAUCCGUACAGACCACAGACGGCAACCUGUACAGAUUUCAUGUAUCUUAGCUGCUUUAAUAGGGACUAAUCAUAGCGCUGGUCAUUUGCCGUUCUCUGGUUCAGUAUGCACCCGACGCAAACAUGGAAUACUGUGCCUUUAGUGACCUAGUUUCAGCCUCCUGCAAGAGUUCACGCUUCUUUAUCAUGCUUCGUUGCCGUUUGUGUACCGAAACUAUAACAUAUACUCUACGUAAUCUCUGUAAAUGUUCAGCUUCUGUGCAAUCAUUUUCCUCCCACGGCGAGUAGAUCUCGACACUCGUAUGUUGUUAGUGAAUCGUCUGCUUGAACGACAAAGAGUAACUAGUCUUGGCAUUUGGUUAUUCUUUGGUGUCCGCUGUUGACUUUCCCGGGGAAGGCUGAAUAGCUGGACCUCAUUAAGACCAACAAGGGGUGUGCGAUACGAACAUCAUAUUUCGAUGUUUUCCGGGGGUUUUGUGUGGCAUUUAUGUAGUUACACACACUGUUCAGUGCAGCUCGGAGGUGGCAUGAAUGCAUUUACACUUACUCUGCCAUUUACAAAUGCAGUGUCCUAACCCUACAAGCGAACUGACGCAACUAAAAUCGAUCAAAUUUCACAGCCAAUCAGAAGCACGUGUGGGCGGAGCCUCUGCAAGCACACUGCACUCCCAAUGAAAUGAACGCUUCUAGUCUAAUUCAUAAAUAUUAAACUUUCACUUGUCACUGGCAUGUCUGAUUGGGACAAAAAAGUUUACACCGACAAUACAUUUUUAAUGUUUUAAAAAUAACAUUUGGGAUGAAUAAAUAUUACAAAUAUAACAAGACUUUCAGUAUGAAAGUAAAACCACCAGUAGGUGGCAGCAAGUCACUUCUCUUAAUGAGGGAGUCAUUGAAUCAUUCACUUAAACGAUUCGUUCGAAAACUAAGAUUCGCAACAAAGGGCUCACAAUGUUUUUGCUGUGGCUUUGUCCGAAACCACUCUUAAUUGUCUUUUUUACUAUCAAAUGUAUGUAAGAUCGGUAUCACACUCGCAACUGUGUUGAUAUUUGAGGAAAACAGUACUUACAGUCUGCUCGUGUGACGGUUAUAGGUAUAAAAGCUCUUGAAUUCAUGCGGUUGAAUCGUGUGCCGAGACAUUUCUGUCGGGUUUUUGCGAAGCGAGUGCCGUGCAGCAACUCUCUCAUAGCUAAAACAGCAUUUAUUAUACUAAUAUUCUAUGAGACGCACAUCGCACACCCCUAAGACCCAGCUUUUUAAGGGCGGAGUGGUCCGUUUAAGCAAACUCAAUCCAUUGAGGAAGUGAAUGUACCAUUGGGCCGACGACGGGCCAUUCGUUGGUUUUCUAAUGGAACUUACUAGUGAAGAAAAGUCCUAUUUCAUCCCCAGAAAUAAAACGAAACCAAUUUGUUGGACCGUUUCCUCUUUUUUCGCGUUCAUGAAGAUGUCUGGACAUCUUAUUAUUAUUAUUAUUAUCAAAGUCGGCACGAAUAGGAUUCAUUGCAGAAAGUGCUUUUACUUUUAAGGGUUUCUUUAAUGGUUUUUUUGGUGAAGUGUGACCCUCACAUGAUUCGCCCGGUUAUGCUUCAGUGUUGUCGUUCACUUCCGAGAAAGAUCUCUCUCGCUUUGUCCAGCUGCAGCUUUUGCGGUCAUAUCAAAGUCCAGACUCUCCCGUCUCGUUUACUAUGCAGUGUACUUUCCCCGCAAGCCCCCGUCGCUCUCUCUUGAAAGAGUAAAUGAGGCGCAGGAGAGGCCAAGCACUUGUAGUCCAUUAAGAAUCACGCGUGUCCUGUAAAUCUAUCGACAUCUUCCUCUCGACGCGCUUAGGAUACGAUGAUAUGAAUGUUGCAGGAGUUUAUCUUUCUAUGUUCUUUGUUUCAAAGAAUGUUGUGCCAUUUGUUAAUAGCAGAGAAAACUAUUGAACAUAUAAUUAGAAAGAAAAAAAAAGAAGAGCUAUUUUAAAUUAUUUUUGGCUUUUUUUUUUUGCGAUAUUUAUUUUCUUGUAUUGGAAAUCUUUAUAGAAGGAAAAAAGACAAGUAUUUUUCAUCAGUGCAAAAACCUAUUUUUUCCUUUUUGUACAUUUUCCAUGUUAAGCAGUCUUUAGAGCAAUAUAAUGUUCAUGUGACUGUAUGUGCAUGCUGUUUGUGAUGCCUUAAUAACAGCUCCCGUCCCAUCAUCAGCGCUCGGCUGUGGUCGACCAGUGCAGUCAAUAAAGCUGUGCUUUCUGUCUA